AUGGGACUCAGUGGCAUUCAGCGCCAGGUGUUUCGCAAGGUUGCCAAGAAGGGCUACGACUUUACGUUGAUGGUUGCCGGUGCCUCUGGAUUGGGCAAGAGUACCCUCGUGCGAACACUCUUCAUGCAACCAAAUGAUGAGACGGACACAGAUCGCCUGGCUGCCGCAGACCGCAUUGCCUCGACUGUUGAGAUUACAGAACGAACCAAGACGAUUGGUGACGCUGGCUUCACCUUGCGCCUCACCAUCAUUGACACGCCGGGUUUUGCCGACGCUGUCAACAACACCAAUUGCUGGCAACCGUUGGUGGAGUACAUCGACAGUGCCUUUGAGCUGUCCCUGCAAGAGGAGAACAAGCUUGACCGCUCCAACGUCAUGGACAAGCGUGUACAUGCCCUUUUGUAUUUCAUCGACCCCUCCGCGCGCGGCCUCAAGCCUCUGGACAUUGCAGCCUUGAAGGCCCUGCACGAAAAGGUCAACAUCAUCCCCGUCAUUGGCAAGUCCGACAUGCUGACCAAGGGCGAACUGAAAGCCCUCAAGGCUCAGAUUCAAGCCGAUAUUCAAGAGCACCAUAUCCAGCUCUUCCGCCCAGCCGUUGACGAUGAGGAUGAAGAGUCGUACAAGCUGAGCCUGCGCAUUGCUGGUUCGAUGCCAUUCGCCUUGGUGGGCAGCGACACUGUUUUGGAAGCGGCUGGCGGUACCAUGCGGGGUCGCCGCUACCCCUGGGGCGUAGUCGAAGUGGACAAUCCCGACCAUUGCGACUUUGACCUCCUGCGCAAUACGCUGGUCAAGACACAUCUACAGGAUCUCAAGGACUCAACGGCGGAGGUGUUGUACGAGUUGUAUCGUCGUGAAAAGCUUUCCCAAGGCGGUAGUUUGAACGUGACGGCCAACACAUCUGUCACACCUGCCUCGCGUGCAAGCCCGGAUGCCUCCUUGGCGGGAGACACGGAGAUGUACGAGCAGAAGCAGCGCGAGCUCGAGGAGCAGGCCCGCCGUUUGGAAGAAGAGCGUCGGCGAUUCGAGGCUGAACGUCGCAAGUUCGAGGUAUUUGCAAGCCAGCCGUAA